AGUCUAGCCCUAUACAAUUUUGUUCCUGAGAACAGCAACGAGCUUGCUCUACGCGAGGGUCAGAUUAUCCAAGUAGGUUACAGACAUGGACAAGGCUGGCUAGUAGCCAUGGACCUCGAGUCAGGCGAGCAAGGCUUGGUUCCCGAGGAAUACGUGCGUCUGCUU